GUCUCUCACACAGCACACUCCACUCUGCACACUCACUUCCUUGUUCCCUCCUCUUCAGAUCUACAGUCUAAAGGAACUGAUCCUGCUGACACACACAUGCUGUUGAGAUCAGAGCUCAGACUAGUUUCACUUCUGAGGAAAUAAAACUCAGUCAGUUGUCGACAGCGAGUGUUGAAAUGGCGCAGAAAGGAGUUCAGCUGGACCGUGAGUCUCUCUCUUGUUCCAUCUGUUUGGAUCUACUGAAGGAUCCGGUGACUGUUUCCUGUGGACACAGCUUCUGCAUGAGCUGUAUUAAAUCCUACUGGGACACUGAGGAUGAGAAGAAGAUCUACAGCUGUCCUCAGUGCAGAGAGACCUUCAUACCGAGGCCUGUCCUGAAGAAAAACACCAUGUUAGCAGGUUUAGUGGAGGAACUGAAGAAGAGUGGACUCCAAGCUGCUCCUGAUGAUCCCUCUGAUGCUGGACCUGAAGAUGUGGCCUGUGAUUUCUGCAGUGGGAGAAAACUAAAAGCUGUCAAGUCCUGUCUGCAGUGUCUGGUUUCUUACUGCCAGAUUCACCUCCAGCCUCAUUUUGAAGUCGCUCCAUUAAAGAAACACAAGCUGGUGGAGCCCUCCAAGAAGCUCCAGGAGAACAUCUGCUCUCGUCAUGAUGAGGUGAUGAAGAUGUUCUGCCGCACCGAUCAACAGUCUAUCUGUUAUCUCUGCCCUGUGGACCAACACAAAGGCCACGACACAGUCUCAGCUGCAGCAGAGAGAGCUGAGAGGCAGAAAGAUCUGGAGGAGAGUCGAGAAAACAUCCAGCAGAGAAUCCAGGACAGAGAAGAAGAUGUGAAGCUGCUCCAACAGGAGGUGGAAGCUAUCAACGGCUCUGCUGAUAAAGCUGUGGAGCACAGCCAGAAGAUCUUCAGCCAGCUGAUCCGUCUCAUGGAGAAACGCCGCUCUGACGUGAAGCAGCAGGUCAGAUCUCAGCAGGAACGUGAAGUGAGUCGAGUCAAAGAGCUUCAGGAGAAACUGGAGCAGGAGAUCACUGAGCUGAAGAGGAAAGACGCUGAUCUGCUGAAGCUCUCACUCACAGAGGACCACAACCAGUUUCUGCACAGCUACCCCUCACUGUCAGGACCGGAUCAACCUGCAGACUCAUCCAGAAUCAACAUCCGUCCUCUGAGAUACUUUGAGGAGGUGACAGCAGCUGUGUCAGAGCUCAGAGAGAAACUCCAGGAUCUUCUGACAGAGACGUGGACAAACGUCUCACAGGCAGUGACUGAAGUGGAUGUUUUACUGUCAGAACCAGAACCAGAACCAGAACCCAAGACCAGAGCUGGUUUCUUAAGAUUUUCACAAAGAAUCACACUGGAUCUAAACACAGCAAACAGACAUCUGUUAUUAUCUGAUGGAAACAGAAGAGCAACAUUUACAAAACAUCCACAGUCUUAUCCUGAUCACCCAGACAGAUUCACUUCUUAUUAUGAACAGGUCCUGAGUAGAGAGAGUCUGACUGGACGUUGUUACUGGGAGGUGGACUGGAGAGGGGACAGGGUUUUUGUAGCAGUUGCAUACAAGACUAUCAGGAGAGAUGGACACUCAGAUGAUUGUUUAUUUGGAUACAAUGACAAAUCUUGGAGGUUAGAGUGUUAUGAAGGCAGUUAUGAAUUUAUGCACAACAAAGUCCGCACUCGUGUCUCAGGUCCUCCGUCCUCCAGAGUAGGAGUGUACCUGGAUCACAGAGCAGGUAUUCUGUCCUUCUACAGCGUCUCUGAAACCAUGACUCUCCUCCACAGCGUCCAGACCACAUUCACUCAGCCGCUACAUGCUGGACUGUGGUUGGGCUACAUAUAUGGAGACUCUGCUGAGUUUAUUAAACUGAAAUAAACAGAAUUUUGAGUCCAUCAGAACAAAAACAUGUAAUGAGAUCACUGAACUCUUGAAAUGUUCUGGUUUGUAAAUGUUUGUGGAUCAGUCUCAACAAAAACUCUCAGUUUAGUUCUUCUUUUCAGCUUUUUCAUUCUUUUCUAAAGAGGCUGAUUUGGUCGCAGCUUUAAGGACAGUGUUUGUGGAUAACUUUGAUUGUUUGUAUUUCUCAUUUUGAAAAAUCUCUUCACUAAAGUUUAACAACAUCAAGAUGAUCAUUUGUUCAAAUCACCUUCAGCUGGUGCAGAUUUUGAAGGUCUGAGGAAAAAGUGACGUCAAAAUAACAGAAAGAUGAAAAAGCACAACCUUAUUUCCUGUCCCAAAUCAAAGCGUCUCUAAAAUCUUUCCAGUCGUCCCCAAAAACACUUCAAAUGAUCUGUGCUUUCUCUGUUUGCUGAAUAUUUGUAUUCAUGUCAUGGAUGGAUAUUUCUGUCUGCUUCUGUUGGAUCAGUGUGUUUGUAAAGACAUCUAUAAUGAGACUUUUGUCAGAUCAACAUGUUGUUAUGAGCUUUUCAAUCACUCUAAUAAUAAUCACAUUCAUUAGUCCGACUGUUUUUGUGUUUCUGACUCAGCUCAGAUUGUGGUGAAGUCUCUGAUUGUGGGUGAAAAAAAUAAAACUCAUCAAACUGAGUCACUGAAAUCACCUC